AUGGGGACGAAGAUUGCUAAAGCCAAGAUUCUGCACACGGGGCGCCAAAGACGCCGACGCUUCGAAGAUCUGUACUGGUGCAACGUGCACCUUCAUGCCGUCAUCCGAACUGAGCGUUUGCGCCGGCAGCAAGACCAGAGCAAGGAAACCGUCUUUGCAGAGUAUGUAUCGAUGGCCAAGAACGAAAGAAAGGCCGAUUUCCUUGUUCCUGUCUCUGAGAAUCUCUACUGUGUUAUAAAACGUAUGCAGAUGGGCGCGCUGUUGGCGUUGAACAGCGCCAAACAAGUCUUCAAUCAAGUCUGCUUGGUGGACUCCCUACGAGCACAUGGCGUCAAGGUGCCCUACACUGCGGAUGGCCCUUUCUGGGCUCUCGCGGAUGGCAAUCGGAAAAAGCUUCGAAGAGUGCAAGAUCACGAAGUCAUGCUGCCUGGCAAGUACGUCCUCUACUCCAAGAGCCAUUUUGUUGCUUUGGAAAUUUGGGAGGAUUGGACGUACAUCAUCCGCCCUACCUGCCGCACGCACAUCGGCAACGUCCAGAUGUGGCACUCGGAAGCUGUGACCAGCUACGAAGCCAUUUUUGUGCUAACUGGCAGCAGCGUGGAGGGUAGGGGCGGCAGAUGGCAUGAAGGCAUGGACGCGAAAGGAGGAAGCGUCAGCAUUGCACAUGCUUGCACAGGGGAGGAGGUGAUGAGUCUGGAUGUCGCAGAGGAAUCCACGACGAUUUUGUGGAUCAAGCAGCAGGCCGGGAUUCAUUUCCGACAUCCCCCAUUUGGCUUGGAGUUGUUGGUGGAUGGUUGCUGCCUGCCAAACCAUGUGACAUGGUUUUCUGUCGGCGGUCCUGCUACAAUGCUUCUUGUCCUCAAGCCAAAAACGAACGAAUGGACAGAGGACAUCUUCGCUGCAGUUGAGAUGCGGGACGUCGGCGCUGUGAUGUGGUACCUUACACAAGGGCAAGACCCCAACUGCACAUUGCAAGAUUCUAUUCUGUGUAGUGCUAUCGAGACGGGCAGCCUAGCACUGGUGCAAACGCUGUUGGAAGGUCAAGCCUGCCCCAAUUUUGCUCCUCCUCACCGCAACAGCCCUUUGCAAACAGCGGUUUCUCAUAACCAAGACCAUGUUCUGUCAGCCCUGCUAGAUUGCGGGGCAGAUCCCAAUUUAGUCAAUGCUAAUGGCGACUCGCCUUUACACCUGGCUGUGAUGUACGCGGACAUUCCAAUGUCUUGUUCUUUAUUGUGGGCCGGCGCCGAUCCCCUGCUGCGCAACUCUGAUAGCCAGAGUGCCUUUUUCUACGCAGAGCGAGGGCUACUUGUCCUGAUGUGCAUUUGCCAUUGUGAUGAUCGUGUGAUGCCAGUCGACUUGAUUGCACGGCAUUUGCCCAGCAUCGUGCAAUACUGUUGCUGCAGGAGCUUGUGGCCGGUCUCCAAAUUUUUCGGGCAGCAGCAAAAAUAUUGGGACGCGCUAGGCGGAGGAAGUGAGGUGGUGUGGGACCUGCGGCAGAGAUUGCGGGGUGACACUCUUGGUGGCGGUGAAAGGGUGUUUGAGCCUGUGUUAGUUGUCAUGGCGUGUACAGGCAAUGAGAUUUGCACGCUGCCCGUCUCAGAGGAGUGUACGGUCAUGUCCUUAAAGCAACGUAUAGCACUUCAUCUGAAACAUCUCCCUUUCGCUGUCAAAAUCCUCUUGGAAGGCCAGCUGGUUGCUGCAGUUGGAGAUACUUGGGCAACACUUGGGUCACCUCGGGUAUUACAUAUAGUUCUUGCAUCCAGGACCAUUGCGCACGCAAAUUGUUUAGUCAAAGCCAUCCACGACCAGGAACAUGACGCGGUGAUCCGAAUUCUUGCAGAUGGUCAAGAACCAGAUUACCCUUGUGUUCGGCGAUGGCGCGCAGAGCUGCCGCUCCACACCGCAGCAUCCCGCGGUUUCUUCUACUCGGUGCAUUUGCUUCUGACCGGCUUUGCCGAUCCCAACAUUGCCGGCAAUGACGGCCGCACAGCCAUGCACUUGGCAGCCUUAGCCAAUUCUCCAAUGACAGUGCUUGUCUUGGCAGAGCAUGGGGCCAACGUGCACGCGCCAGAUGUGCAGGGCGCAACUGCUCUCCACUUUGCAGCUGUGCAAGAUAGCGUGCCUCUUGUCAAGCAGCUUCUGCAAGCAGGCGCGGAUCCUUUGAUUGCUGACUCAUUCCAUGAUCCGCCACUUUCCUGGUGGUGCGGGACUGAUGUCAAAGCCAUGCUUAUGAACAGCUGUUGGCCGAGAUUGUCCUUUCCCGAACUUCUGCGCUUGAAUGUGCGGAUCUUACAGCGAUACAUGGAUUGUGGCCAGCUGCCACGGGUUUGCAGGACCUUGCGGGAUUGCCAGGGUGGGAGCGCUACAGGCAAGCGCAAGAUGUGCAACAAUGAACAGGGAGAAUCCUCCAACGCGGAAAAAGGCAGAGCAGGACACAAUCGGAAAGUAGCACUUCAUUUGAAGAUGUCACGGUUGGAAGGCAAAUUCCAGGCUCCAACGACUUCAGGCGUCCCUGAAGGGUUCAAGUGCUUGCAAGAUUUUGGGUUGCAAGCUCUCCUUCCAAUCAUGCUGCAAGGUGGUUAUCUCCAAAGGAGUAUUAUGCCGGUAAAGCCAACCACUUGGCCUUCCAAGUCGCCUGAAGUUGUGGAUCACUUGAAGCUGCUGCAUCCACAUCCCCGCGACAAGCUCUUGUCUUUCGAAGCAAGUAGCCACACAUAUUUCUGGGAUGGCCGCAAGGUCAGCAUCUCUACAACAGGUCUCAUUCACAGGUUUUCUCAUGGCUUCGAUCCAACGCGAGCCUUGGCGCAAAUGCAAGCAGGAAGCCAGUGGCCAAGGCCGAAAUACUUGAGAUCAAGCAUUCCAACGUCUUCCUUGUUGAGGUUGGAGAGGCUGGGCUAUACCAAUGAAUUGUUGUCAAUGCUAUCUUCAUCACCUCGCUCAGAUGAGGCAAUUUGCAACUUUGUCCGGCAAUGUGUUGCGCAGCACCCGGAAGACAGAGAAGUGCUUCUCAGUCUUGCAAAAAGCGAUUCGGAGAUUCGGCAGCAAUGGGCAAAUGCUGGAGCAGAAGGCGCCUCCCAGGGAACUUGGAUGCAUACUACCUUCGAAUGUCUUUUGAACGGGGGCUUUGUGACCAGCUGUGACCAAGAGCUAACGCUUUGCUUAUCUUUCUUGCGUGCUGUCUCAAACCUGGGCGCGACCAUUUUUCGCACAGAGUGGAUGAUCUACGCAGAAGCAGAGGAUCUAGCUGGGUCAAUAGACUUAGUGUUGAAGCUGCUCGGCAGCAGCAAGCUUAUUCUUGUGGAUUGGAAACGAACGCAAGAUAUUCGGUCAAAAGGCAUCAGUUACGGCAAGAAUAUGUUGGGCUGCCUCAAGGAGAUUCCAGAUUGUACCCUCUGGCAUUACAGGCUGCAGCUCAAUGUCUACAGGCACAUUCUGGAAAAAUAUUACGGGGAAGAAGUUUCUAUGAUGUUCAUCGUGGGCUGCCAUCCAGACAACGGCCAGUCUCCCUUUGUUGAAUCCGUCCCAAUGAUGUCAGAAGAGGUGAUGGCUUUGAUGCAGACACUGGAAUGGCAUGAUCGGACAGCCUUGCAUCAGGAUUGCCAGGGAGGAGGAUGUUCCCAAGAUUUCGCUGCUGCAUGGCUCGGACAUCUUUUUCUUUGCUGGCCACUGGACUCGGACGAGGAUGGAGUGCGGUUGCUGCGUGACUUUCAGAAAGCAGUGGGACCUGUGUGGCCUGCCUUGUCCGCCCAUCCUCACUUGUUCUGGAUAUUGCCAAACCCUCUUUCCAAGAGACUUGACCAUGCGUCAUUCUUGCUUCGCGUAACUGCUUCCAGCUUUUUCAUGCAGCUCUUGCAAGAAAAGCAAUUCAAGUUUCUUGAGCUCGCGCUCUAUGUCUUCUUCUGGCCAGAAAUAAAAUCUCGUUUCUUCAUUGUUGAUAUGAUCUUUGUGUCGGGCUGCUUUGAGCAAGUAGAGGACUGUGCCAGGCACAUGGCUGAAACAAUUCACUUCUUGCAUGGCUGUUGGCUUGUUUCUUGUUCAGCCGAUGCUUGGCGACAACAAGUCACACAACGCUGGCGUUCAUUAGAAGUACUUCAAUCCUUGAGCAAAGCAUUGGUUUUUCAGAGCGAUGUGCGCCGCGUGCUUUUCCCACCGGCUAAGACUUGCUCUUGCAGUGCUGGGUUGAUCCUGCAGCAGAAUUUCUCUUUCGACAUGGACGCUCUGUGGGCCAGCGGGUACUCAAACGAGGUGAAAGCUGUUUUUGUCGAAUGUUCAACUGUCUUGGCUUCCCACAAUCAAUUGUGCAAUCUGCUGCUCGCUUCAUCGUAUUAUUGUUUGGGUCACAAUGCUUGGCGAUUGAGGCUCUAUUCAGCUAAAUUUUUCUUGCUUUUACUGCAAGACCAAGAAUUUGACUUUUUAGAGUUGGCUCUGUACAUUUUCCAUUGGCCUGAGAUCGACCAACAGCCAUACUUAGCUGACUGCCUCUUUGCAGCCACGACUUCUGAACUGCGGUGCCGUCGAUGCAGGCACCUGGCCAAUGUCAUUCACAUUCUUCAUUGCGCAUCAUGUCUGGACACGUCGUCAUGGGAAGAGCCAGAGCUGUCGCGCCGCGAACAAAGCUUCAGCCUUGUGAAGUCUUUGUUCCAAUCAGAAACGUUGCGGGCCAGCCUGCUUCGCCCGCCAGACAAAUCAUGUUUGCAAAAGGUUGACGCCAACGAGGGCUUGGAUGUUUGCGGCGGAGCAUCGCAAGAGGGGAUGUCGUUUGACGAUCGGGUUGCAGCAGAGCAGAGCGAGAUGGACCCAGAAGCUGCAGAAUUUCUGAGGAGGAUGGACGCAGAAGUUGCAGCAGAGAUGAGGGAGAUGGAGGCAGAACGUGAAGCUCGAAGAGCGGAAGGUUCCACAAUCGAGCCGCCUGCUACCUACCAGGAGGAGGCAGCACCGCCCCCUAUUGAAGCAACCCCUGCAAAAGAAGAGCAUGCAGACGAUGAGGAAGACCCAGUGCUUGGGGAGGAGACCUCAGAGUCUACCUGGAACAUCUUGAAGAAGCGCCGCCUCCUUCCAGGAGCUCUUACUUCUCAUGAGGACUUCGCAAACUUGUUCCAAUCCUUGGCGGAUGCGAAUGAGGAUUUCCAGAUCCAACCUGGCGAACCGAUCGACAAUCCUGACACUAUCUUGUAUGUGGUUCAGAAACGCCAACAAGACAUUGAGAGACAAUACCCACGAUUUUCCAAACAUAUUGUUCGUAUGGCGACAGCGGCCCAAGCGAUCUUCUGCAUGAGGGUUGCUGACAUGUCGCUGCGUGAGCAUGCCUUGAUGCUUUGGAUCAUUGAGGGAUUAGAUUUUCUCAGGUUUCACGAUGGAGAUUGCUAUAUGUUGCACCCUUGCGGUGCCUUUCAAAGGUAUAAGGGCGUUCCACCUGAUACCAGCAGAAUCAGUGACUUCUUGCUGCAGCUCGAAGGAUUGUUCCGGCGCUUGCCUGAAGAUGUACCUCGUGACCCACAGCAACUUCUACAAGCAAUCGACCAUGAGUGGCGGGGCGCUGGUGAAAAUGAUGAGUCGCUUAGCCGGAAGUGCAUCAAGGCUGCAGUGAGCAAUGUCGGUGAAAGCCUCUUGAAGCAGCGUGGUGGGGAGGAUGCUCCCGAUCUUGAUGCUGACGUCCACAACUGGCGUUUCCACGCAGCACGCACGGUGUUGCAACUGAAGGUGCGUCUCGCCCGGGAAUUGACAGAAGAGAAGUUGUUGCACUACAUGGUGGAAUGGUGUGAAACUUCUAAACAGGCAGCGCCAGCGUGUUGCUUCGAAGAUUGCUGCAUACAGUAUUGCGAAAAUGGCGUGGCCCGUCAGGUACCUCGGUCUGAUAUUAAAGACGUCUACGUUCGAAUUCCACAUUGUCUGAAAGGGUCUGUGCCCCUGGAUGUGCUGGAAAGGGUUCGCAAAUUCUACCGGCAGACCUUCUGGUGCAACAUUGCGGCCUUCAAAUGUUGCCAAGCUGCCCAAGCCCUUGCCAAGAGAGGACACAAUGUCGUCCGUAUUUUCAUCGGGCUCUCUGCAGGAGGUGUGGGGCAAUCUCUUUAUUCAGCUCAUCUUCAGGCAAUGUACGGAGCCAACUUUGCGUAUUUCGAUCCCAACAUCUGGUGGAAUGAGGACGAAAUGCGCAAGCAGGUUGAGCAGCUCAACGGGUGCUUUGUCCUCACAGGACAAGAGGCGCCUGGAACCAACAAGCGGCUCCGCGAAGACCUCUACAAGAAGUUCAUGAGCGCGGAAGGCAUUUCGGGUCGCAAGCCAUACGGCUUGCGCACCCGAAUGAUCGAAUGUAGAGGCUGGAAAAGGCUUGAAGCUAACCGAAUGUUUGACUUCCAACAGGUUAGCAAGAAAGACUUCAACGCUAUUUUUCGGAGAUCGUUAGUCUUUCGCAUUCUGGCCCGCUUUGAAGAUCCUCGAGCUGUGGAAGGAGCUUAUGCGGACAUGUGGCGGGACGGCGUCUUCCCAAAAGAUCCAGACCUCAAGCAGUUUCUCAUAUCAGGUCCUGCUAUUCUAGCCGCGUUGCAGAUCCAAAACGCGUUUGAAAGGCAGAAUAGCAAAGAAGACUGCGAGCAUCUCAUUGAAGAUUACGCCUAUUGGGGCGGAGACAGGGGAUUGACGGAGCAAACCAUGCGUGAAGCAUGUGGAAUGCCCCCGCGCGAUGUCCGAAAUGUCAUCACCCAGGCAGCUGCCGUAAUUGUGGUCGAUAAUGAGGAGCCUCAGGAAGCGGAGGAGGGGGAUGUGGUCUGGCGCAAGAUAUCUGAAUCUUUGAUGCAACAUCUCCUCGUCAUGAAGAGGCUUGACCUGACAGCUAGGAUGUUGGCGACAUUGAAAUUAAAAGAUGCCCCGAACAUGAACAAGGAGGAGCUCAUCAAAGACAUGCAGACCAACAAGCGGUUGAUACAGUCGCACUCGAAGGGCAAGAGUGACACAGUCUUUGCCCUUGGUCUCAAAGCUGAGGUGAGCCUCGAAAGUGUCAUUGACCACACGAACAGACAGGGCUGUCCUGACUUGCCUGAGACACUUGCAGCAUCAGCCUUGCAACAAUAUUUUGAAAGACAAGGUCGAGCUGACAAUGCUCAGCUUCUUGCCUCAGUAUACAAGAAGAUGGCUGCAAAACUGGGCGGAAAUGGGCGGCCCAGAGCAGAUGUGAAAGCAAGGAAAGAGAAGUAUGCGGAACAUUCACAAAAAAUGUUCAAUCAUGAGGACAACUGCUUGUCACUUCUAAAGCAACUCACUGGUCCGCAUAUGGUUUCGUCACAGGACACCCCUGCAAGGAAGAGGCUUCGAACCAAAGGUCCGGAGGUGAAGCAGGAGGAGCGCGCGGUGAAGGAUGAAAUGCCUGAAGGAUCAGGAGUCAAAUUCGACACCAUUGAAUGCUCAUAUGAGUAUCCAUCCACCACACUACUGCGCACACGGAAGACUGUGCAAGGGCUUGGCUCGCAGAAGUUUACCCGGAGAGCCCAGCUGCAUUUGCUGUCGCACACCCAUGACCUGGACAUUCAAAACUCAGUCUUCACUGUGCUCACUCAGCUCCUCGACAAACUGAAGCCUGCACCAGCCUUGCCUCGGGAUCUACGCGCAACUUUGGACCGGUGCGUUUCUAGCAGGGAUGAAAUCUGUCGGAAUGACUUGAAGAUGAGCCGGGAGGAAGGAAAACAAGUGUUGACAGCAGUCUUGUAUGGUGGUGCUAUUCCUCAGCAUUUGGCAAGUAAUGACUUUCUGAUUCGUCUCAGUAAAGUCUCGCUCUAUGCUCGAUGGCUCGCCAUGUCUUUGCUUCAGGAUGAGUUCAACAGAUUCCGUUCCCCAGAAGUGGGUAAGAAGAAUCCUGAUAGGUCCAUUCUCGCACAUCUCUAUUUGGCGGCUGAAGAUUACAUAUUGACGACCUGGGUGGAGUAUCUACAAAGCUUGAAGCCUACCCAUCUUUCGUUGCACCUUGACGGUGUGCGCAUCUCUUUGACUGAGGAAACUUCCAUAGCAGAGCUGUGUGACGCUUGCCAGGAGCACAUCCAGAGGAAGAUAGGCUUCCAGGUCAAAAUCCGAGAGAAGCAGCAACGCACGGUUCUACAAAAUAUCAAACAGGUUUCGGAGCAAGAGCCUAGCAUGGCAACCGGAGAUGAGCUUUUGGAUCAGGAUGGAAACUGCAUCCCAGCAGCGAUUGCAAGCAUGCUGGGGAAGCGGCCGCAAACCCAAGAAGCUUUAGCGCGUGAUGCUGAAACAUGUGUUCUGCGCUCAUACAAGCAAUGCGAGACAUUGUGCAAUGUGAAGCUUGUUCCUUACUUACAAUUCCAAGACGUCACAGCUGGCAAGUUUCUGCUACAUGCGGAAGGCAAUGGAAAGCCACACUGUGUAGGCCUUUGCAUCGGGCCAGAUGAUGCAUGCCUGGUAUACGAUGGUGAUGGCAUCUACAAACUUUCUCGGGCGGCUGUUGCUCAGGCAGUAGCGUCAGGUGUGGAUGCAUCUGCGUGUGUCUACUUUCGGGUGUUGGAGGCCUCGGAGGAUCCUAAGGAGUUUGCAUGGGGAGAUUUGGACGAUGAAGAUGCUUCUGCUUUGCUGACCUUGGAAGCUGGAAGCCGGAAAAAACCUGCCGCUGUGCAAGAAAAACAAGGAAGUGUCAAGAGGCCUGCAGUCAAGUCCAAACCAAAGCUGCUCAACGCUGGCAAGCCCGUUCUACACAAACCUUCAAGCAAACUAAGCAUUGGCUCGCAAGCACAUGCUCAGUUGCCGGAUCUUGGCACAGAAUCGCGUGAAGCCCCUGUUUCCAUCCACGGAUCAGGGUCAGAGCCUGAAUUCAUUGACGUUGCUGGAAGCGAAAGUGAUUCUGAAGCUGUCUCAUCUGCUGAAUGGCUGCUUCAAGACGACGGUGUUGUUAUUGUUGACGCAAGGUUGUUGGAAAGCCUGGCUCGAGAAGUGGCAGUUGUUGCUACUGGCGGUCAUUACAAGAAGGCUGAGCAAGGCUUUGCUUGCCCUUGCUGCCCCUGGCGCUGUUUUCAAAGCCCUGGUCGUGUCACGGAUCAUCUCAACAAAUAUCACUCGGAGCGCAACCAAUAUUGUUGCUCUGGCACAAAGCAAAUCAAGUGCGUACUAUCUUUGCACGACUCUGACAUGAUCAAAGGCCAACAAGAAGGAACCUAUUUGCAACGCAGCGCGAAACUGCUGAGAGAACAGGUGGUGCCCCCUCUUCCACACUCCAUCAAUUGCAUCGACAAGAAGAUACGGCUACUACUUGACGCACAAGGACCGCGCUUUAUUCGGCAAGAUGUCCUUGGCCACAGCAUCUGCGUCCGCCGAGUUGGAAACUUGUUUUACACGCAUGACUUUGCAGAAGUGCUCUUCCAGGAGAUGAUCCUGCACAACGCAAAGGCCGCCUUGGCCAAAAGUAUCUGGCCGCGGCUGAUGCUGAACGCCGUGCGUGCUGGCUCAGAGCUUGUAAACCUACUGCCGUCGAACACGGCGCGAUGGUGGCCCCUGGUUGAAGAUGUGUUCUCUUCUCCAAAUUGCCUUGCUCUCAGGGAUGACCUCCUUCAGUCCUGUUUGCAUCACAAUGAGUUUCGAUCUCUUUCUGUUGAUGGCACCUUCCGCGUUUGUUUGCCUAUUUUGGGGCAGAGGCCUUUCAACUUAAGCAAGUCUGAGCGUGCAGAGGCAGCCAUACCAGAAGAAGAAAGUUUCAGGAGAGUCAUCACAGUGCGCGGCAAGACAGGAGCCGUUGUCACCAUGUUUCCAUCUUACGGCGAAGGAGCAAUUGAUAUCCGGAAAGGCUUAAUAGAGAGCCUCCCAGGGGAUGCUCUGAAGCAGGUCGAGUUUCUUGCCACGGAUGCGCCCAGCAAGCGCUUGUAUGAAGUGUUGAAGGAAGCGCUGCCAAACCUGCAUGCGCUUGCCCUUGAUCCCGUACAUUUGGCUAUGCAUUAUGAAUCCGCGUCGUCCAGGCACAAGACAGUUGGCUCAGCCGCUUUGAGGCGUGGCCUCGCUAAAUUCAGCUGUUGCCCAGGCAGUAGCAUGAAAGACAACUUGGGUGACUUUUCCACUGGUGAGCUGAUGGUGCGUUUAUCUACGCGCGAAAUGACUUUGAGGAGCCAAAUCCUGGAUGGAAGCAUGGGAAAGUUCAAGGCCCAGAGGCUCUUGACCAAUUCUGAUCCUUCUUCCUCCUGGGUCUGUCGGGCAGAUUUUAUCGAAUUCUUGGCUGCUCUCAGUGCUGUCUACCGGUCUGAGACAGCGAAGAAAACCGAUUACGGCAAAACACUUGCGCACCUCUUGCACCAGGCAACUGACGGAGAGCGUCUUGAAUGGCUUUUCAAUAACAUUCGGAUCAGGGCAAGAUUUUCUGUUGCCGAAAAAAUCCUUUUGCCCGUGGGAACAACCAGCAAUGAAAGCUUGCAUGCUGAAAUCAAUGGGUGGUUCCGGCAGACGCAAAGCAUUCACCAAAGUACCCUGAAAUUGAAGCUGGGUAUUUUGACUCUAUCCAAACUCUUAUCGCACAACGCAGCUCUUUAUUCACCAGCAGCAACACAGAUGAUGAGCAGCCAGGUGUUGGCUAGGAGGAUUGGCAACGGCUUGUGGUCGAAGGAUGAGUGGAAUGCAUGGGCACAUCGAAGCUCUGAGAAGGCGCAAUUACCUGUAGAGAAGACAAGGCAAGGUGAAGCAAGCCGCUUAAAGCGGUUUUUAGCUAAAAAGCCUGCUGUUCUAUGUAAACGACCAGCUGCCAAGGGGCAUAAGACCCCAUUCAAUCUCACAAGAUCGAAAGGCAUCCGAAGGGCUGGCGUGCAUAGUCGCCCAACAGCGUCACAGGCAAAAGCUAAAUGA